CUCACUGGAAGGGAAAUGGCUCUGUUUGCCCAGCAGAUCCCCAGAUGGCUCCACCCGAUUCAAGUGAGACACUUCAUUAGUGCUGCAGGACUCAGAACUUGCAUCCCAAGACUUCGAGUCCCACUGAUGACUGGUGCUUCUGCACAUCCCCAGCGGGGAUUUGAGGCUCGCAGGGUGACUUUCUUCAGGGAGAGGAGGCCACCGGUUCACUGCAGCCAGCAGGAGACAGGCACUACCCCAAGUGCUCUACAGGGCCCCUUGAACAAGCUGUCACCAAAGUCACCUGACUUGGAUAUGGCACUGUCGCUGGAAGAACUAGAUGAUUUGCCACCUGUGUCUCCACUGCAGCCGAUCUCCGAGCAGGAUGCCAUCCGGAUCGUCGCUGACCCUCCGUCACCCCCGUUUUCAUUUACGCUUCGAGAUUAUGUGGAUCAUUCAGAGGUGCUGCAAAAACUCGUGCUUCUGGGAGUGAAUUUGUCCAAGAUAGAAAAGCAUCCUGACAUGGCCAAUCUUCUCCUGAGACUGGACUUUGACAAAGACAUUAAGCAAGUCCUCCUGUUCCUGAAAGACCUGGGCAUUGAGGAGAACCAGCUGGGGGCCUUCUUGAGCAAAAAUUAUGCUAUUUUUGCUGAAGACCUUGAAAAUCUCAAGACCAGAGUGGCUUAUCUGCAGUCCAAGAACUUCAGUAAAGCAGACAUUACACAGAUGGUCCGGAAUGCGCCCUUCCUGCUGAGUUUUUCGGUGGAAAGACUGGACAACAGAUUGGGAUUUUUCCAGAAAGAGCUGGAACUAAGUGUGAAGAAGACUCGAGAGCUGGUGGUUCGUCUCCCACGGCUGCUUACCGGAAGUCUGGAACCCGUGAAGGAAAAUAUGAAGGUGUACAGACUUGAACUCGGCUUUAAACGGAACGAGAUUCAGCACAUGGUGACCAGAGUCCCAAAGCUGCUGACUGGCAAUAAGAGGAAACUGACAGAGACUUUUGAUUUCGUGCACAACGAGAUGGGGGUGCCUCACCACCUCAUUGUCAGGUUCCCGCAGGUCUUCAACGCACGGCUCUUCAAGGUCAAAGAACGACAUUUGUUUCUCAGCUACUUAGGAAGAGCCCAGUACGACCCAGCAAAGCCAAACUAUGUGCCUCUAGACAAACUGGCGUCUCUGCCCGAUGAGGUCUUUUGCAAAGAGAUCGCCAAAGCCUCAGUGCAGGACCUGGAGACGUUUUUAAAGACUCUCUAGUUCCGAGGCUGGACUGAUGACACAGCAGGGAGGGUGUUUGCCUUGCACUCGGCCAACCCAGGUUCGAGC